GAGCUCGCUCUAAUGACCCGACAGUCAAGACCAUAUAGUCGCGUUACGAAAAUGAUCCGCCUCAGCGUAGUCGCCCUGGCUUUAGUCACCGUCUGUGUGGCGUCGAAGCCACGUCCAGUACGUCCACGCCUCGGUGGAUGGCAGGAGGUCGACCCAAAGUCCAACCCGAAGUACUUGGAAUUGGCUCACUUUGCAGUGGGAUCGCAAACCCAAGGACUGGAAUACUACAAUACCGUCGUUGAAGUUACUAAAGCAAGCCAACAGGUGGUAGCUGGCAUGAACUACAGGUUGACACUGAAGGUGGCGCCAUCAGUAUGCAAGGUCGCCGAAACAGAGUACAACAGGGAGAGCUGUCAGCCACAGCCUGAUGCGGAAACGAAAGAAUGUGUGACCAAGAUAUACGACGUCCCUUGGCAGAACAAAAGAGAUGUGACUUCCUUCAGUUGCUAAGCGUUCUCCUAGCAACGGAUAGGACAGGAGGGACACCGGAUGAAGCUGAACAACAGCUGUCCUUCGAAGAUGAAGUGCACAAAUCCUCCUGAGCUACCUACGAGCUAUAUGCUUGGUGUGUUAGUAACUUAGUACUUGCCUAAUGAUAUGGAACAACAACGUCGUCAAUUUUAUAUAACUUCCCCCUGUUCCUUUAUGAUGUCAUUUCAUGAAUAAAUAGUCUCUGAAUUGCUA